CUAAUGGUGUGCUUAUUUUUGUAGGUCGAGCUUUUUUUCCGAAACCUGAAGUGGAUGUUUCAGUUGUAAGGUUUACACCACGCAUUCGUCCUCUAAUCAGUCAGCCAUUUGAGAUUGUUAAUAAAGUUAUUUCAACAAUCUUUCAGCAUCGACAAAAGUUCAGCCUGUAUGGAAUCAAAAAUCUCUUUCCAAAAGAAAAUCCCGAACUGGUAGAAGAAAUAGUGCAAAGAACAAAAAUAAACCCCGAAAAGAAAUCUUUUGAGUUGGAAAUGGAAGACUAUAAAGCUUUAUGUGACGUCUACAGUGAAAUGUGUAACAGACAUAACAAUCUUUUUAAUUAUAUGUAUCAAAUACACCAAAAAGAUGAAUAUCCUCUAGAUGCAGAUUGUACAGAUGAAUUGCCUACCAAUAAAUAGUUUUUAUAUUUUUGCUUUA